AUGACAAGAGAGCCCAUUACACAGAGGGCUCGUAUCGCCAAACAUGUGGCAGACGUCCAACCUCACAGACAAACAGCCUCCGAGAUCAUUCACAGGCCCGACUGUCACAGCGCUGUGCUGCACAGUGACACCCAGAAGGUGGAGAUCCCCAGAGGAGAGAUGGAGGCGGUGAAAGGCCAGAUGGUGGUGUUACAUGCCUGGUACAGCCCCAGCUCAGACAUUUCCAGAAACUCUGUGGUUUGGAACUUCAUGGGAAAUAAGUCCACACAGGUGAUAAACUUUAGCUCAGGUGAGGUUGGGCACGGCCAGCGUGAAUACACCAAAAGAGUGGGCUUCAGCGUGGCCAUGCCCUCAGCCAACCUCUCCAUCUAUAUCAACAACACCCAGGAGUCUGACUCUGGACGCUACAUCUGCAACGUCAUCAUCCCUGGAGAGACUGGCCUUACUGGAGAGGUGCACCUUAAUGUCAAAGUCCCUCCCUCUCCCCCAGUAUGCACCAUGACAGGAAACCCUGUGAUGAAGGGCAACGUGACUCUGAGCUGUAAGUCCAGUCAUGGAAAACCAGUCCCUCAGUACAAAUGGACCAAGGCUGCACCCAUGUCUGAGGUCUUCUUCUCACCAAUGCAGAAAUGGAGAGCCUGCCCCCACCCCAUGCUUGUGCUUGGGUUCAUGGAUGAGAGACACGGCACCCUCAGGCUGAGCAACCUCACUAAAAGCAUGUCGGGGAAGUACGUCUGCCGAGCCAGCAACACCGCCGGCUCCGACAGCUGCUCCAUUAACCUGGAGGUUAUCACCUCUUCCAAUGCAGGCAUGAUUGCAGCAGCUACGCUGGGGUCAGUAGUGGGACUUAUGGCCAUGGUGUUAUUCCUCAUAUUCAUCCUGAGAAGGAGACGAGACACUGAGGAGGAGAUAGCCAAUGAGAUCAAGGAGGAUGCUCAGGCACCAAAGCGAGUGUCAUGGGCAAAGAGUAAUACCGGCUCCGACAUCGUGUCCAAGAACGGCACGCUGUCCUCCAUAGCCACCAGUCCUCGACCGCGAGACCCACAUCAGCCCAACUUCCACUACCCCUACUCCCCCACCUCAGCCUCAGACACAGGCUCAGUGAUUAACGCCUACCAGCUGCGUCCUGGAGAAGCCAACACCUUACAGGGACUUCCUGGUUACAACAUUGGAGGCACUCCAUCACGUAAACACAAGCGGCCUCCCAAUGCAAACGGGGCCCCUCCGCAGGUCUUCAGGAGUCCUGUAGUCGCCAUCCCCAAAAGGACUGAGGGGGCGCAGCCUCAGGUGCCACCACCACUCACUGUGUCCCCACAAAUCAGCUCCUCCACUCUGACACGCAUGGGAGCUGUUGCUGUCAUGGUGCCUGCUCAAAGCCAAGCUGGCUCGCUGGUGUAG